AUGAGACAAAAUAAGAAGAUUGUGUUUUCAGAUGACGGAUCCAGCAUUUCAAAACGGACCGAUGGUGUCCCAAACAAUGGGGAUUUAAAUUAUAUAAAGCACAUUUCAAAGGAAGAUCGCCAGUCGAGAUGGAAGCAAAAUGCCAAGAAAAAAGGUCCAAAAACCGUUUACUAUGACGGUGAUAGUGCAGGGGAUAGUGAUCAAGAUAAUUACAGUGGUGAUGGAAAGCGGGUAAGUGGAUUCAGGCGGAAUUAUAAGCACGCAGAUAUUCUUAAGUUGAAGAUGAAAGCGCGGACAUUACUUGAUGGAAGAAAGAAGCUCCCUGUUUUCAAAGUUAAGGAUGAGCUUAUGAAGCAGUUGAUGGAACAUAGAGUGAGUGUUGUGAUUGGUGAAACGGGAUCUGGUAAAUCGACGCAAAUUCCGCAGUUUCUUAUGAAACAGAUCAAAGGUAAAAUAGCCGUUACGCAGCCGAGAAGAGUUGCAGCGAUUAAUUUGGCUACCAGAGUGUCAGAAGAGUUUGGAUGCGAUGUUGGACGAGAUGUCGGAUAUGCUGUGCGAUUUAACAAUGCAACCAGCUACAAGACAAGGCUCAAAUACAUGACAGAUGGUAUGCUUUUGAGGGAAAUGAUGCUUGAUCCACUGCUUUCUGAUUACUCCACAGUGAUUGUCGAUGAGGCACAUGAGCGGACAAUCUUAACCGACAUGAUACUUGGAUUCUUGAAGGAGUUACUUGUGCGAAAGAGAAAAGACGACAAAGACUUCAGGGUGAUUGUGAUGUCGGCCACUUUGGAUGCAGACAAGUUUUCUGCAUUUUUCAACAAAGCACCGAUUUUCUUCAUUGAAGGUCGUCUUUUCCAUGUGGACAGGUACUACUUGCCGCAUUCUGUGGACGACAUCAUAGAUUCGAUGGUUAAAUCCAUCAUUCAGGUGAACCAGGAGCAAACUAAAGGAGAUGUUUUGUGUUUUCUUCCCGGACAGGAAGAUAUUGAUAAAGUGACAUCAAUUUUGCACCAGAUAGCUCCUGCUCUACCAAGAGAGGCUCCGAUGAUUGUUCCAUUGCCGCUUUAUGCCGCCCUUCCACCCCAGCAACAACUUAAGGUGUUUGAGAAGGUGAAGCCACAUCAAAGAAAAGUGAUUCUUUCAACCAACAUCGCAGAAACAUCUGUCACUAUUCCUGGUGUCCGUUAUGUGAUUGACUCUGGGCUCAGAAAGAUAAAAGUGUGGCGGCACGAGUUAGGACUCUCAACUUUGCUAACUGUUCCAAUUUCCAAGGCAUCUGCCUCGCAAAGAACCGGUAGAGCUGGCAGAGAAGCUCCUGGAAAAUGCUUCAGGCUUUACACAGAGAAUGAUUACAUCAAGCUAUCGCAAAACACUGAGCCCGAGAUUAUUCGGUCGGAAAUCGUGUAUCCGGUUUUAAUGCUCAAGCGUUUGCGAGUUGAUGACAUUUUGAAUUGGUUCUGGCUCGAGAAUCCAGGCCGAUCAGCUCUUAUUGCCGCACUUCAGCAGCUUUAUGCAUUGAAUGCCUUGUCCGACUCGGGGAAGAUCACAGAUCUUGGAGAGCAAAUGGCGGUUUUGCCUGUGACACCACAUCUUGGUGCCGUUUUGAUCCAGGCCUCCAAGUUUGGCGUUCUAAGUACGGUGAUGGAUAUUGUGGCCUGCCUAUCUGUUGAUAAUCUUAUACUCACGCCUCCUUCCGAACAAAGAGACGUGAUAAAUGCUAAAAGAAGAGAGACAUGCACCUUGGGAGACAGAUAUGGUGAUUUGGUGAUGCUUAAGGAGCUUUUCAACAUAUACAACGAUAUUUCAAGCAGUGAUGAGAGGAAGAUAUGGUGUAAAUCGCUUGCUGUGUCCUAUAAAGGAUUCAAGAAUGUGUUGAGGAUCCGGAAGCAAAUAUCUCAGUAUAUGGACAGCAUGGAUGGAAGGAAAAAUGAGAAAGAGAGGCAUUCCGGAGUUGAAGAUGGAAAUAAAUCAAAGAAUGAUGAUAGUAAUGAAGAUGAAAUCAAGACAAGUGUGCCAUUAAACUACGAAUUAGUUCUCAAAUCAUUUUUAAAAGGUUUUAUUACCAACACGGCAAUCGGCAUGCCCGAUCGAUCAUACAGAACUGUUACAUCUGGUGACACAAUAUCGAUUCACCCGUCUUCACUUUUAUUUGGUAAGAAGAUAGAUGCUGUGAUGUAUAUUGAGCAUGUUUACACGAUGAAAGGAUAUGCAAGGAACGUGAGUGCUAUUAAGACUGAUUGGCUUAGAGAGAUGGCUCCACAUUUGCUUGGAUCGAGGGUGAAGGUUGAGAAAUAA